CUUGUUCUUGGAUUCCAAGCUAUUAUCAAACUGAAACACCGGAAAAAAGAGAAAAACGAAGCCUCCCCAUCUUUUUGUUCCUAAUGAAUAACCAAAACCAUAUCAUCCCUUGCAACGUCGUAAAAAAUUACAACUACUUUCGAGUAGUUGUUGUUAUGGUUCCUUUACCUGCACAAGGUCAUUUGAAUCAACUACUCCACCUCUCUCAACUCCUCUCCACCUUCGACAUUCCGAUCCACUUCGUCGGCACUGCCACCCAUAACCGCCAAGCCCAACUACGACGUGUUCACAACGGUCAAACCAACCACCCGAUCGAAUUUCACGACUUCGACAUCCCUCCAUUUCCCUGUCCUCCGCCGAAUCCAGCUGCAACCCAUAAAUUUCCCUCCCACCUCAUCCCUUCCUUUACGGCCGCUGCCGUCCACCUUCAUCGCCCUCUUCUUGCCUUCCUCCAAGCCCUCUCGUCAAAAGUGAAACGACUUGUCGUUAUUCAUGAUUCGCUAAUGUCGUCUGCCAUACAAGGUGUCGACAGUCUCCCCAACACUGAAACCUAUAGCUUCCACACUGUAUCGGCCUUUGCCAUCGCUCUUCACAGCUUGGAGCGUAAAGGGUUUGUCUACGGUCGCAACGACGGUGAAAUGACAACGAUUUAUGAAGAAUAUUUUCCAAAGGAAUUGAAUGUGGUGUCCAUGGAAGAGUGUUUUCCAACAGAGUUUUUAGAGCUCAUUAGAACGCAGUUUCGUCAGCUGCCAAAAAUGGGAGCUGGGAAAAUUUAUAACACUUGUAAAGUGAUUGAAGGACAAUUUUUGGAUGUGAUUAAAAGGGUUGAACCUGAGUUUCGUCAUUGGGCUUUGGGUCCUUUCAACCCUGUCAAAAUCUCCUCCUCCAUGCAGUCAUGUUCUAGCCAUAGCUGCAUGGCAUGGCUAGAUCAACAAGAGCCAAGAUCAGUGAUCUACGUUUCAUUCGGGACAACGACAGCCAUGAAAGACCAACAAAUAAAAGAAAUAGCAAUUGGGUUAGCAAGAAGUGAUCAAAAAUUUAUUUGGGUCCUUCGAGAUGCCGACAAUGGUGACGUAUUCAACACAAGCGAGAUUCGAAAAUCGAAGCUCCCAGAAGGAUAUGACCACUUAAUUGGUGAUAGAGGAUUAGUAAUAAGAGACUGGGCACCGCAAGUAGAGAUACUGAGCCAUUGGGCGACAGGAGGGUUCAUGACGCAUUGUGGAUGGAACUCGUGCAUGGAGAGCAUGACGACAGGGGUCCCAGUGGCUGCUUGGCCAAUGCACUCCGACCAGCCCAGGAACACCGUGCUCAUGACUAUGGUAUUGCGUGUAGGGGUGGUGUUAGAGGAGUGGCGACAGGAGCUGGUGACAGCACACGCGGUGGAGGAGGUGGUUAGGAAGUUGAUGGUGUCGGAGGAAGGGGCGGAGGUAAGGAGGAACGCAGAGAGACUAGGGAAUAUUGUGCGCCAGUCGGUGGAAGACGACGGUGAGUCUCGUCGGGAAUUUGAGGCUUUUGUUGCUCAUAUUAGCAGGUAGAUUUAGUUCAAAAUGGAUGUGUUUGAGAAAAAAAUAAUAGAGAGAAUAAUUAGUGAGAGAAUUAAAAUUUUCUUUUGCAGUAUCAAUUUACACUAUGCUUUAGAAUUACUUCUUCGAUAAAAAUUAUCUUGUGAAACUUAUAAUUUGUAUU